AUGUCACUCCUGAGUCCAGAAACCAAUCCACAUGUGUUUGCAAAAGACGCAAUCCGAUACAAAAGGACAAACUUUCUCUCGUCUGCUGAAACUGGCCUCACUGGGCCUCCCAGUCCCGAGAUGGAUGCUGCCUGGGACAGGCUUCUAGACGACGCAAGCAUCCGGCUCACUGCGAAUGAAGUGUCACGGUUCAAUUCCUCUUCGAUUGAUUUGCAAGAAAGCAAGGGAAAACUGGCGUGGCUAGAGAUUUCUCAUCAGACGCAUUGUAUAAACUAUAUUCGAAAAGCUCUGUACCGCAGUUAUUAUUAUGCCGACCUUGCGGAGCAGGACUGGCAAGCCUUAAUCAUGCCUCAUGUUGAUCAUUGCCUAAAUGACCUAGUGCAGAACGCUCAGUGUCGGGCAGAUACCACGCCCAAGUUUUUUGAAUGGGAAACCGAACGCAUCAAGCCAACAAUAGUCCCCAAUUAUCACAUUGCACGGACGUGUGUGGAUUUGGAUUACUUUAAAGAUUCGUUACAAGACCGCGUAGUCUCUCACGCGGAAAUGAGACGGCUAAAGAACCCUUUACUGAACGCAUAA